GUGAAUUCUGCGUGGCUAAGAUCAGAUCCCGUCUGAGAAGAAGAACUCCCUACACACAUCAUUGCUGGUGAGACCCUUCUUCUCUAUUCCUCCAAUUCCUUCUCCCAAAACCCUAAUUUUAAUUUUCCAUUGCAAUUCCCUCUCACACUAAUUGUCUCAAAAACUUGGAACCAAAAGUGCAAUGCUACCUGGGAGAUUCUCGUUUUUCGGAGGCGGCGGGGAUUCCGGCGCGGUGGUGGACAACGCCAAUUCGUCACCAUCAAAGGGUGGUGGAGACGAACUCGCUGUUGUUCAACCCACACUGAAGCUCGAGACGGAUAGGCAGGUUUACCGGCCCGGCGAUCCUGUGAUUGUGACCAUCCAGAUCUCAAAUCCCGCAAAUGGGUACUCGUUUCUCAUGGAAAGACUCGGUUUUGAGAUCAGGGGCAUCGAGAAAUUGGACACUCAGUGGUUCGCCACGCAGAAGCUGAUGCCCGGCUCGAAACAACGGAGAGGUGAGAAUGCUUUUCUGGAGUGCUCAACACCAAUCCUAAUUGCAAACCAGAUUCUUAAUGCUGGCGCCAGCAAAUCAUAUGUGGUGCGAACGCAGCUGCCUAGCAUUAUUCCACCAUCUUACAAGGGUUCAAACAUUCGCUAUUUGUACUAUAUUAAAAGUGCAUUAACUGGAGGGUGGAUAAUAUAUGAAAAUGGGCAAUCUCGUCUGGAGUCCAAAAAUGAUGUUACAGAUUUGGAAGUUCGUAUUCCAUUACAAAUAUGGAUAAACCAAAAAAGUAGUGGCUUUCCAAUAGAUGAUGAUAUUGUUCCCUUAACUAGUGUACAACUGGAUUUAUUUUGGAAAGAGAUGGAUGGAGAUGCUGAUUGGGUUAGAGCAAAUGACAUGUAUGAUGGAGUUGAGGAGGGCUAUGACAGCUCAAGAGAUGAUAUCUCAUCUGUUUCUUCUUAUAAUCCCAUGAGAGAGAGUCUAAACAGAGGCUUUGGAAGUUCACUGUCAUUGCGAUCUUCUUCUGCAAGAUCAUUGACCAGGGAUGUUUCUACUUUAGAAGGUUUCCGAACAAGUUUAUCUUCAAAUAUGGCACUUCCUAGGCUGUCUGUUGCUGAAGUGUUGUCUGAUUCUGGUGCUGAUGUCUUGUCAACCCAGAAGUCAUUUGCAAUUGUCUCCCCAAAUGAGCAACAGAAGCUGCGGAAGACAUUUUCUGCAGAAUAUGAUGUGGGAGUAUCCUCUUCGCCUGAAGCUGGGGCUGUAGAAUCUAUAUCAUCAGAAGGCUUUAUUAGAGGAAGGUCUUACAAUAUCCGACUUGAUGAUCAAGUUUUGCUUAAAUUUUCCCCUAAAAAUUCCGACUCAACUUAUUACUUCAGUGAUAUGAUAGGUGGCACUCUCACUUUCUUUCAUGAAGGAGCUAGGAGAUGCCUUGAGAUCUCAAUAACAUUGGAAACUUCGGAAACUAUAAAUCGGCGAUUUGUCCACCAUUCUAGAAGGAAUUCGCCUACAAUCACUAAGGUUCAGAGUGAUCAUCAUGAGGUUGUUGCAGAUUUGGUGCAGACAAGCUUUCUUUUUUCUAUCCCCAUGGAUGGUCCAAUGUCCUUCUCAACUCAACAUGUAUCUGUGCAGUGGGUUCUCCGCUUUGAAUUUUUCACAACUCCAAAGCAUGUAGAUUGGAAAAAGUAUGAGCAUCCUCUUCUAAUUGAGGGAAGGGAAAAAACGGAAUGGGUUCUUCCAAUUACUGUACAUGCUCCACCACCAAGAGCUCCUGCUUCUGGUACAAGAAGUGAUAAACUUUUCUCUUUGGAUCCUAUGUGGGUACACAAUUGAAGUUAAAUUAAACUGAAGAUGAAAUGUGUGGAACCGACCAUUGUAGCCUUUUCAAUUUACCCCAAGCUUCAAUUCCUCAAUGUACAAAAUAUCCACAGAAUAGCAGCCAGUGAAAUGUCAGAAGGAUCAUUUGUAGCAUAUCAAAAUUCGGUCAAUUUGUCGUAAUCGGUUACCUGAAAUUUGGCACAGGUCUUUUGAGUACAGUAUUUCUUUUCAUUUCAUGUUUUCUUGGUGUCGGGUGAUUUAUGUCCCAUAGUUCAUCCAAUUAAUUUAUUUUGUUUCAUUUUUUUUAUAACUCAAAAAGGGUUUUUAGUAGAUUGUAUGAAUCUUUACUAAAUCAUUUAUUAGAGAUAGAGGCGUAAAAGCUGGUAUCUUAGAUUUGAUUUCUGUCUCUUGGACAUCUUGGAUCAACUAUGUUAACUUUACCUUUACACUUAAUUUCUUUUACAUUUUUUUUCA